CAAUCGAGAGGUGCCACCCCCAGGAACGGCUUUCUCGGAGCUUCUUUGUGUUCUCCAUAUAAACUCCUUGAGCUCUGCAACGGGUUCUUGCUUUUGUCAUACGUUUAUGUGGAACGGUGGGGGGCAGGGGGUCUGUUGUCUGGCGUGGCUUGGCCCAACAUCACGCAAAGACCACAGAGGGAGAAGAUGCCCAGAAGGCCUCCUGCCGUCUUUGAUUUAGGGAAGGUUGAGGAACGUCAUGUAGAAUCAAGACCCACCAAGUGGGAUCUGGGGCAAGGAGGACAGGUCCGGGACAAUUGCCGAGCCAAGCCUUUUCCUAUGGAAGCCUUCAGGUCACUGUCCACAUAUGGGGACCCCAUGCAUUUCGUAGGGUAUUUCUUAGAGCUUGGUGGCCUCCCAUCCAAAUCCUAACCAGGGAUGACCCUGCUUAGAUUCAGAGAUCUGCCAUUUUCAGGCUACUGACUGGCCCAGAUUGAUAAAAAUAGGCAAAAAAGUAACAUUUUUGGGCUCUGGGUGGAACCCAGAGUGGAUGGGGCCAAAGCUACCCUCAAAAACAUGCCCAAGGGUUGGGGCUGAAUUCUCUUCCUCUGUGUCGUCUUCACCGUCCGUCAUUUACAACCAGACAUAGACAUUGGAAAUCCGACGGCAUGGACCACCCUAAGUGUCGCAUUCCAUGACAUACUGUGACCAGUUUUGGUCUGGAGACCAUGAGUUAUCCCUCUGAGGAACGUCUUCAAGAGCUGGGUCUGUAGAGAAGGUUGAGAGGAGACACAGGAGCCAUGCAUACAUAUGGGAAAGGGGGUCAUAAAAAGGAGGGAGGGGCUUUAUUUUCUGCUGUCCUGGAAACUAGGACUCAAUGGAGCCAUGGGUUCAAAUUAUAGGAAAAGAGAUUCCACCUGAACAUCACAAAGAACUUCCUGAGCUAUUCAACGGUGGAACUCUCUGCCUCGGAGUCCAGUGGAGACUCCUUGGAGGCUUUGAAACAGGCUGGAUGGCCAUCUGUUGGGGGUGCUUUGAUUUUUUUUCCUGCAUGGCAGAGGGUUGGACUAGAUGACCCAUGUCCUCUCUUCCCGUUCUAUUAUUCUAUUAUUAUAUCUUGACAUUUCAAGAUCUUCCCUCGUUCCUUCAUAGCAAAUAUUUGGUUAAAGCAGGGAGACGUUGGAUUUUGAUCUUUGCUGACAUCAAAGGCAGUUUAAUGAUUGAUCCUGGAGGCAAGCAUGGCGGCCCGCCGGAUCCUGUUCUCUCUCCUGGUGGCCCUCUGCGCUUACCAUUUCUACCGCGAGAAGCCCUUCUCCGAAGACAUGGUGCGCGGGAAACGCAUCCUGGUGACGGGUUCAAGCAUGGGGAUCGGGGAGCAAAUUGCCUACGAAUUGGCACGGAUGGGGGCCCACGUGAUGCUGACGGCCCGAAGGGAGAAGCAACUCCAGGAGGUGGUCCAAAAGUGUCUCGAUUUGGGCGCCAGCUCUGCUCAGUUCGUCGCGGCGGACAUGAGCAAUAUGACGGAAGCCCAGAGAGUGAUCAAGGAAACCAAGGACGCAAUGGGCGGCCUGGACCACCUGAUCUUGAACCACGUGGGCAAAACCUCUCUGUUUGGCCCCUUCCAAUGGGACCUGGAGCCUGUGAUCAAGACCAUGACGGUCAACUUCUUCAGCUACGUCCAGCUCACCCUUUCGGCCCGGGACAUGUUGCGGGAGUCGCAGGGGAGCAUCGUCGUCGUCUCUUCCGUGGCCGGCCGUGUCCCGUCCCCGUUCUCCGUCCCGUACGUGGCGAGUAAAUUUGCGCUGGAGGGUUUCUACAGCAGCCUGCGCUCCGAGCUCCGGCUCCUGAAUGCCGAGCUGCCCAUCACCGUGGCGGUUUUGGGGUACAUCGACACAGACACGGCUGUGAACUGCCUGAAGGGCAAAAUGUUGGGGUCGCCGAGUCCGAAAGCGGAAUGCGCCCGGGCCAUUGUGAAGGGCGGCAUGCUGAGAGAGCGGGAGGUUUUCUAUCCUUACUGGUCCGUCAGACCCAUCAUCUUCCUCCGGGAUUGGAUGCCCGAACUCGUGGACUAUCUCGUCAGCAGAGCCUACCUGGUGGAGAAUAUCGCCUAGAAAAGGGACUCGGCAUAAUUUUCGAAACCCUUCCAGCCUCAAACUUUGCCAGAAGGGACCCGAAAAAAGUAAACUUGGCCUAAAAAUGUCCUUCCUUUUGCUGAGAUGAGGCUUCCUUUCUCAUUUCAUGAUGGCAAGUAUCUUUACCCCAGGUGCUGAUCUGGAAUGCCAACAUCCAAAAUACAGUAGAGUCUCACUUAUCCAACACUCGCUUAUCCAACGUUCUGGAUUAUUCAACGCAUUUUUGAAGUCAAUGUUUUCAAUACAUCGUGAUAUUUUGGUGCUAAAUUCAUAAAUACAGUAAUUACUACAUAGCAUUACUGCGUAUUGAUCUACUUUUUCGGUCAAAGUUUUUAUAUAACAUGAUGUUUUGGUGCUUAAUUUGUCAAAUCAUAACCUAAUUUGAUGUUUAAUAGGAUUUUCCUUAAUCCUUCCUUAUUAUCCAACAUAUUUGCUUAUCCAACGUUCUGCCGGCCCAUUUAUGUUGGAUAAGUGAGACUCUACUGUACUCACAAAUCCAAGAUGAUAAAAUAAUAAUAAUAAUAAUAAUAAUAAUAAUAAUAAUAAUAAUAAUCUGACGUGUGAUCCAAUACAACAGCCAGCAGAGUGUCUGCUGUGGACUCAUCUUGUGUUAAUAAUAAUAAUAAUAAUAAUAAUAAUCUGAUGUGUGAUCCAAUACAACAGCCAGCAGAGUGUCUGCUGUGGCCUCACCUUGUGUUAAUAAUAAUAAUAAUAAUAAUAAUAAUAAUAAUAAUAAUAAUAAUAAUAAUAAUGGGUUGCUUUCUGAUGGGUUGAUGUUGUUCUGUGCACAAUAUUAUUAAAAAUAUUGCCUAAAAGGACCUUUAAACUACAA